GACACACAACAUGCUCUCUUCUCAUUACUACCAGGAGGUACAGGAGCCUGAGGGGACACACACACACACAACAUGCUCUCUUCUCAUUACUACCAGGAGUUUCAGGAGCCUGCGGACACACACACACACACACACACACACACACAGACACACAACAUGCUCUCUUCUCAUUACUACCAGGAGGUACAGGAGCCUGAGGGGACACACACACACACACAGACACACAACAUGCUCUCUUCUCAUUACUACCAGGAGGUACAGGAGCCUGAGGGGACACACACACACACACACACACACACACACACACACACACACACACACACACACACACACACAACAUGCUCUCUUCUCAUUACUACCAGGAGGUACAGGAGCCUGAGGAGACACACACACACACACACACACACACACACACACACACACACACACACACACACACACACACACACAAACAUGCUCUCUUCUCAUUACUACCAGGAGGUACAGGAGCCUGAAGGGACACACACACACACAGACACACAACAUGCUCUCUUCUCAUUACUACCAGGAAGUACAGGAGCCUGCGGGGACACACACACACACACACAACAUGCUCUCUUCUCAUUACUACCAGGAAGUACAGGAGCCUGCGGACACACACACACACACACACACACAACAUGUUCUCUUCUCAUUACUACCAGGAGGUACAGGAGCCUGAGGGGACACACACACACACACACACAGACACACAACAUGCUCUCUUCUCUUUACUACCAGGAGGUACAGGAGCCUGCGGACACACACACACACACACACACACACACAACAUGCUCUCUUCUCAUUACUACCAGGAGGUACAGGAGCCUGCGGACACACACACACACACACACACACAGACACAACAUGCUCUCUUCUCAUUACUACCAGGAGGUACAGGAGACUGAGGGGACACACACACACACACACACACACACAACAUGCUCUCUUCUCAAUACUACCAGGAGGUACAGGAGCCUGAGGGGACACACACACACACACAUACACACACACACACAACAUGCUCUCUUCUCAAUACUACCAGGAGGUACAGGAGCCUGAGGGGAAACACACACACACACACACACACACAACAUGCUCUCUUCUCAAUACUACCAGGAGCUACAGGAGCCUGAAGGGAAACACACACACACACACACACACACACACACACACACAACAUGCUCUCUUCUCAUUACUACCAGGAGGUACAGGAGCCUGAGGGGACACACUCACACACAACAUGCUCUCUUCUCAUUACUACCAGGAGGUACAGGAGCCUGAGCGGACACACACACACACACACACACACAGACACACAACAUGCUCUCUUCUCAUUACUACCAGGAGGUACAGAAGCCUGAGGGGACACACACACACACACAGACACACACACACACACACACACACACACACACACACACACAGACACACAACAUGCUCUCUUCUCAUUACUACCUGGAGGUACAGGAGCCUGAGGGGACACACACACACACUAACACACACACACACACACACACACACACACACACACACACACACACACACACACACAACAUGCUCUCUUCUCAUUACUACCAAGAGGUACAGGAGCCUGUGGACACACACACACACACACACACACACACAGACACACAACAUGCUCUCUUCUCAUUACUACCAGGAGGUACAGGAGCCUGAGGACACACACACACACAGACACACACACACACAACAUGCUCUCUUCUCAUUACUACCAGGAGGUACAGGAGCCUGAGGGGACACACACACACACACACACACAACAUGCUCUCUUCUCAUUACAACCAGGAGGUACAGGAGCCUGAGGGGGCACACACACACACACACACACACACACACACACACACACACACACACACACACACACACAACAUGCUCUCUUCUCAUUACUACCAGGAGGUACAGGAGCCUGAGGGGACACACACACACACACACACACAACAUGCUCUCUUCUCAUUACUACCAGGAGGUACAGGAGCCUGAGGGGACACACACACACACACACACAACAUGCUCUCUUCUCAUUACUACCAGGAGGUACUGGAGCCUGCGGAC